CUUUCAUUGAGUUUCCAACCUCAAAUCUGUUUACAACUAAUGAUUGAAAAGACGAUGAAAAUGUGUAAAUUGACUUUAAUGGAAAGUUUAAUGUGAUGUUUAAGGAUAAAAAGCAAUUGGAAUACCUGAAAGAGAAAUGGUUAAAAGUUCAUUAUCAAACUGAUUAACAACCCUGAUGCAUCUUCCCGUAUAAAUGAUGAUUCAAUUGUGUUAAUACUUUGACUUGGACCAAACUUUGAAGUCUAAUCGAAUGAUCGAUAAUAAUUGUGUAACGAAAUGUUCAGAUGAACAUUUAUCUCCAUCUCAACCGAACAACAAGAAUAGUUUAAAUGGAAAUUGUAACAAUUCUUCAAAUCAUCCAACAUGUUCCAUGACAAGUUCAACACUACUCGAGGUUCACAAAGGUCGUCCUGUUAAGUUGACAGUAAAGGUGAUUGUACCAGUUAAGGAUCAUCCAAAUUUUAAUUUCAUAGGGAAACUUUUAGGACCAAAAGGCAACUCAUUGAAAUGGCUUCAAGAAGAGACUCAAACAAAAAUGGCCAUUCUUGGGAAGGGGUCAAUGAGGGACAAGAAAAAGGAAGAAGAUCUGCAAAAUUCAGGCGAUCCAAAAUAUCAUCACCUUAACGAGGAUCUUCAUGUUGAAAUCAGUGCUUUUGCCCCACCAGCCGAGGCUUACUCAAGGGUUGGCCAUGCUUUGCACCAAGUUCAACGUUUUCUUGUUCCAGACUAUUAUGAUGAUAUAAGGCAGCAACAACUUCGAGAACUCGGAGUUUUGAGCGUCAAUCGAAAGCCAAGCGGUUCAUAUCAUUCAACGGAAUCCACUGAAAAUGGAGAAGAAGAAAAGGACGAAAAAGACGAAGAUGAAGAUGACCCAAUUGACCAAGAACAGGGAAUCGAUGAACAAGAAAAUGAAAAUGAAAAUCGAGUUGUAAAGUGCAACCAUGAAAAUGAUGAAGCCGAGAUUUACUCUAGUCAGUUGACCUCACAGUUGAAGUUGAUAAAAGAUUGUCACCAAAUUCAUCACAACCAACACAAUCAUCAUCACCAUCAUUAUAACCAUCGUAAACCUGAGCAACACAAAACUCAUCAAAAUUACUCAACUCAAGUUGGUCAUAAUUUUCAUUCCCAGCAACCCUUUCCUUCCAACCAGCAUCAUUACCAACAUCAACAACUAAAGUGUCCAAAUUGUUUACCAAAUUUACUCUCAUCAAGUUUAGGAGGAAAACUAAAGAUGACUAAACCAGUGCCAAUAAAGUUCACUUCAUCAUCUCUCUCAUCAUCAACCCUGGAACCCUCAUCAUUUACCUGUGAAUAUGAAAUGAGCACAAAAAGGUGCAGUUGUCCUCAUCCAUUUGAUACAGAAAACUCAGAUGAAACAUGGAACACUCAGAGAACUUGUAAAACCAUUCGGAAUCGAUUUCAAUUGAUGCCCUAUUCCAAACGUACAAGAAAACUUUAUGACUAAUUGCAUGAUCAUGCAAAUUCAAGACGCAGUUUAAUGUUAAGAUGCUGGAUCGAUUAGAAAUGUUACAUAAACAAAAAGGCUUCCCAGGAAAACUCAACAUUUGGAGACUUGAACUCACUGAGCAAUGGUGACAUUUGAAUACAAUAGCUCCAUCUUGAGAGUUGAAUUAAGAAUGUAUCUGAAUGCUCAUAACUAUUGAUAUUUACACAUUGAAAUAAACAUUCAAACAUUUAUUCAUUCAUCUUCAUUAAUUAAUG